UUCAUACUGUGAAUAUUAAUAUGGCAAGUACUCAGGUAGUUUUUAAAAUAGGAAUAUUAAAAUAAUUUUAUCAAAUAUUGUUUGACAUAAGUUCCUAAGCAACUAUUUUGGGUUGAGCGUAUUAAUUUACAUGUAAAGUACUAAAUAUUCAAUAUCUACUAGUUGUUGCUUUGGCGAGCAUAGGUACUUAUGUGUUAGUAAAUUCACAGAAUCUAAUCAAAAGUAUUAAAACCUGUCGUUCCACUUUAUUGUCUCGGAAAAAAUAAGAAGUGAUCUUCAUUUGUUUAAUUUAGUUGGCGUCUGCGACCGUUGUACCCACGAUCGCCUUAAACGAUGGAAACAAAAUUCCGAUAUUAGCACUCGGAACGUACAGUGGGAAGGGUGACAAAAUGCGUCAGACUGUGAACUGGGCUGUGGAAGCGGGUUACAGGCACAUCGAUACUGCGUCUCUGUACCAGAACGAGGCAGAUAUCGGCAAGGGGAUUGCUGAGGUCAUUAAUAAGGGACUCGUGAAGAGGGAGGACCUGUUCAUUACCACCAAGCUGUGGAACGACAAACACAGACGCGAUCAAGUAGUGCCAGCGCUGAAAGAAUCUCUGAGCAGACUCGGUCUCCAAUACGUGGACUUGUAUCUGAUCCACUCACCUGAAUCUGAAAAUGCUGACGGUACUCCUGCUAACAUCGACUAUCUGGACACGUGGAAAGGGAUGGAGGAGGCGAAACAGCUGGGUCUGGCCAAAUCCAUUGGAGUGUCCAACUUCGAUACGGAACAAGUGAAGAGGAUCGUGAAGAACAGUCAGACACCGCCCGCUGUCAACCAGAUUGAGGUUCACGCUGCGAACACCCGCGAACAGCUAGUGUCGGAUAUGCAGAACCUCGGCAUCGCAGUGAUGGCGUACAGUCCUCUCGGGUUCCUGGUGAACAGGGGUCAGGCUUCAGUGCCUCCGCCGCAGCUCGACGACCCGACCCUGACCAAGAUCGCCCAGAAAUACGGCAAGAGUACAACACAAGUCGUGCUACGGUACUUGAUUGACAGAGGUAUGAUUCCGAUCCCUAAGUCAACCAAUCAAGAUCGUUUGCAGCAGAACAUCGAUUUAUUCAACUUCUCCCUCACUCCCGAGGAAGUGGCCACAAUCAACAAGUUUAACGUUAACAAAUCAGUUUUCGAAUAAUGUACC